AUGCCGAUACUGGCAGAAGGGUUGACCCGGAAGAUUGCCGAUCCCUUCGACUAUGGUGGCGGGAAUAUCAACCCUCAUGGUGCAGCCGACCCCGGCCUUGUUUAUGACAUCGAUCCCGGUGAUUACAGCAAAUUCUUCGGAUGCACAAUCAUCAGGAGGAUGAACGUGACCUGCAAUGCGACGGCACUGCCGGCUUACCACUUGAACCUGCCCUCCAUUGCUGUCCCCGAGUUGAGGCGUUCGGUAACCGUGUCCAGGACAGUGACGAACGUUGGAAAGGUCAAUUCUGUGUACCGCGUUGUUGUCCAGAGUCCAGCCGGCGUGAGGAUGGAGGUUGAGCCUUCGGUGCUCGUGUUUGAUGCGGCAAACAAAGUGCAGACAUUUAAGGUGAAGUUGUCGCCGAUGUGGAAGAUGCAGGGGGACUACAUGUUUGGCAGCAUUACUUGGCGUAGUGGCCGGAAGGCCGGGAGUGUCCCGGUUGCAGCUCGAAUAACGGUUCAGGAUUUCUAUGCAGAUGCUGCAUAA